AUGGCAGGUGAUGGAAACAACUCUCGUGGUUUCGCAUCCGAAAACGGAUGGAGACCUGCGGAGCCUGCCUCUUCAAUUAUCGCGGCCCACUUCGCACCACGUCUUGCAUCCCAGGUACAUGAAUCACAUCGACUCUCUCGAGAAACAUUCUCGCAGCUUCGCCAAGAGCUGCUGGGAGAAAGACAGGGCCAAUUACGCGUCGAUGAGGGCAUCACUGAUAUCAACAAGCUCAUAUGCAUUGUUUUGAAGGCUGGUCUAGAAACUUCUCCUAGCAGCAGUGUCGCAGAAGAUGACCUAGAAGGUCAAGUUCUUGACUGCUUGGACAUUAUUCAAGCCAGUGUAGACAAGGCUCCACAGGCUCUGUGGGAAUUGUCUGAUCCCUUGAUCUUGGGCGAAGAUGUCCAAGCGCCUUUGUUUGCUUGGUUGAUUCUACGACUGAUCAAAUUGGCCAGUCUUUGGCCAUUGGGGACUAUACAUCAGAGAAUAAGCCUGAUCCUUGGUGGCAUACCUAUCUUUCAGUACAAGCAAAUCCGGUCCUCCUCUUCAUCCUAUGGUGGCUUGGCAUUCCUCCGCGCUUGCAGAUCAGAUAUCAUAUGUUCCAUAGAAACAGUUGCCGCUCAGGCUGACCGGGGAGCGCACUCUCUAGAACUAUCUAUCCCAGCAGUCAAUGGAUCACUUUUAGAGGACCUGGACAAUUUGAAUCUUCCAAGAGGACUUUUAAAGAGUCCAAUAGUUCUUGGAACCUUCCCUAAUGCACUUCUUCUGGCCUCACUUUUACUGGACUCGUCAUCCGGUCUAAGCGUCUCAAAACGCGUUUUAACAAGACGGCAAAACUUCAUGCUCCGCCAGAAUUUCCCAUGGGUCUUGAGCGAAUACUAUUGCUUAAGAGAAGCUGCGGUGACAUGGAUGCAAAAACUAGGACCAAAGCUCACGUUGAGUGAAGAACUGGUCUUUGUGAAACUGCUAGAUGAUACCAGAGAUUUUUGUAUGUCCGAGCCAUCCUCCUCAAAACUCUUGUCGGAUAUGAGCGUGACCUCCGCUUUAACUCGAUGCUUGACCAAUUUUCUUAUCAUCAGUAUUCAUCAUCAACUUCCAACGCUCCAAAGGGGAUUGAGUCUCACUUUGGAUGACAUUCUGCAAAACUCGAAAUCAUUUAUACAGAAAUCAAGAGAGGAGUUUCUGUCCGUUCUUGCGAAGGUGAAGAAUAGAGAAGACAGCCUCCAGUCAGUAGAGUCUUGCCUUUCGAUUACACUUCGAUCUCUCAAUGCCGAGCUUGCCGAUACACCGAAUCGUGAUGCACCUCAAUUUAAUGCCCCGUCUGAAGAUAAAGAAGCUGAUCUGUCUCUCAUCUGUCAGAAAACAGACGUACCAGAUGAUGAGGACGAAGAAAUGGAAGACUCUCGCCCACGAAAACGACCACGUCUUUCUGCCGAACCUGCAGAUAAAGGCUUGUUACAACAGCUAACAACAGCAUUAUCCCUUAUGCUGAAGCCGGAUGUCUCCCCUACGAGCCCUGAAGUUCGUUUGGCAGCACUGACUCAACCUGUCUUGAAACUUUUCGAGGGGCUUUCCGAAGACCAAAAGACUACUUUCUAUGGAAUUAUGGGCAAAAUGCCAUGUAUCAUGAGGAGUAAUUUUACACAAAAAUCCUCGGAAACAACAGAAUGGGAAACGAUCUUUUGUAAUUCCUGCGAUGGCGAACAAAGCCCGGAAAAUGACAUGGAUACACAAGAAAGGCUGUAUGCGCAUAUCGAGCUAGGGAAAAAUUUCCAAUUCACCCUAAAAAAGCUCACACGCACCCCUGGUCCACGAAUAGCCGCAAUGCUGGCGUUGCGAAGAAUAUUGAAGCACAUGCCUCAGGUGACGCCUCUGUCAAAGUCCCCAUAUGGAGAGUUCUGUCUCCAAUCUCUUCGAAGUUCUAUUCGAGAGCUCCGAGUUGCAGCCGGGUAUUCCGUGGCAACAUUCAUUCGCUCUGGUUUCCCCCAAAACCCGGCAGAUAAUCAUUUGGCUACUCGCCGAGCCAAUUUCGUCAUCAUACUGGAAUGGCUGAAAAAUCUCAACGAGAAAAAAGACAUUCCUCUACAGGAAGUUUGCAUAUUGACACUGUGUUGUCUUGCAAAGGUUUCGGGCGAGGAAGAGAAAAACAUCAUUCUUCUGCGUCUCUUGGAAUAUCUGGGUCAUCCAAACCCUUAUGUCUGUGCAGUAGCCUACAACGAGAUCUCAAAACUUGCACAGCAAGUUGCCAUGACCCCGGCAGGUUUAUUUCGACCAUACUGGAGAACUCUUUCAGUGGCAGUUGUCAAAAACCUUCAAUCUCGUCCAUACAUGGCCGAGCAACUUUGUGAGAUGCUGGGCAUGAAUGUCGACAGCUUCUUAAAUUUAACAGAGAUUCACGUCCUCCCCUACUUAGUCCUAACUCGAAAACGGGAAAUCAUCAGCAGAAUUGGGGCAAGCCGUCCUGAAGGAAAAGUGGAAACACCAUUUGACGUUUGCUCCGAAAAGAAUAAUCUAGCUGCCAUCCUCGCUUUUCUGUUGUCUCAAGAAACAGACAACCCAGAGGUCAUGAUCAUGUCUCUUCUAGCUGAGAUAGACCCGGCAUUUAAAGGUCGAACUUUGGCAGAACUGGUACGAAUCGAACCAAUUCUCAUUGCCUGUGACCUGUUGAAGAGUCUUGGAGGAGCUGGAGAACAUCAUAAAGAGAGAUUCCAUCAAGCACUACGUAGUCUGGCAAUGUUUGUUCCCCGAAAAUUUUCACAUGGUAAUUCUUCCAAAAAGGGAGACUUGAGCCAUUUCAUUGAGGAGCAUGUGCUUGGUAUUAUUACACAAUUUGCCAACGCCAUCAAUGACUUCCAAGUCCGACAGACACUGGCAGAGAAAAGGCGGAAUCUGAAGGCGAUCGAAGAGAUGAUCAACAUUGCUGAGGGCCAUGUUAGUAACGCACUGCCUCAGGUCUGCGCUUGUCUCCGAUCUGCACUCGAGAUAGAAGAAUUGUGUGACCAAGCUUUCUCCGCCUGGAAGACCUUGAUCGGCUCCCUUAGUGAGGAGGAUAUCGAGCCUCUUGUGGAUCAAACAUUUGCAAUUGUGAUCAGGUACUGGAGCCGGCUGACAGAAGAAAGCAGGAAGUAUGCUCAUCAACUCAUUGAACAUAUUUUGACAAAGCAUCCUAACUUGGUACGGGAUACUUUCGACACCAUGCCCUCUCUUGCAUCUAUCCCUGAGAUGGCCGCAUUUGAAGAAAAAAUCAACAGCUUAAGAUCUGAAAUGGAUGUUCGCAGCAUGUUCUCAGCACUAAUCCGACGUUGCCAGAGUGAAAAUUCGACGGUUGUUGAGCAAGCCCUAUCAGAGCUGCUGCCUUUCCUGCAGCGUAACGACGAGUUUCUGCAUUUAUCUGCCAUCAGUGAACAACCAGAUCCUGUGAUUGCACAAUUAACAAGAGCGCUGUUAGACUGCUGUGUCAAAUUCAAUACCAGCUCGGAAUCUAUCACUUUGUUAACAGCACGAUGCUUGGGUCUUGUCGGCUGUCUCGACCCAAAUCGUGUGGAAACUGUCAAGGAAAAAAAGGACAUUCUUGUUUUGUCUAACUUUGACAGAACAGAAGAGAUAGACGAAUUCGUUCUUUUCUUUUUACAAAAUGUGCUCGUGGAAGCCUUUUUGUCUGCGUCCAACACAAGAGCCCAAGGAUUUUUGGCUUAUGCCAUGCAGGGGUUGCUCAAUAUAUGCCAAUUCAACACGGCCGUCGUGCAAUGCUCCCGUGGUCUUGAUGGUGAUCAUGCAAAAUAUCGGCGAUGGAUGGCGCUUCCAGAGAGCAUCCGAAACACCCUCACACCGUUCCUUACAUCGACUUAUACAGUCACCAUCAUUGCGCCUAAUCCAAGGGUUGAAUAUCCUAUGUUUUCACCAGAAAAGGCCCAUAGCGACUGGCUUCGCACUUUGGUACAAGAUUUGCUUCAAGCUGAAAAUGGUGGCAACGCCAAACUCAUUUUUUCAGUUUGUAACCGUGUUGUUAAAGGACAGGACAUUUCUAUCUCUUCAUUUCUUCUGCCAUUUGCUGUUCUAAACCGUAUUGUCGGAGGCACUGAACAGGAGUGCAAAGAUAUUAGGCUUGAACUGAGCCAAGUACUCGAACAUCCUCUUCCUGACACAAAUAACAACAUUCGCGAGACCAUUAUAAGCAGCAGUCAGAGCGUCUUCGAGGUUCUAGACUACCUAUCACGCUGGCUUCAGGGAAAGAAAAAGCAAAUCAAUGGUAUGGGCAAUCAGUCAUCAGGCCGUUCCAAGCGUGGUAUGACUCAGGAUCUGCUGUAUAAUAAGUAUUCGGCUCAGAUCAAAUCUGUCGAGUCUCUGUUGGCCUCGAUUCCUCCUGAGAUCAUUUCCAAGCGUGCUGUGGAAUGCAAAUCAUAUUCCAGAGCAUUGUUUCACUGGGAGCAAUAUAUUCGGAAGUGCAACUCGCAGGCAGACCCGCAGGAAGGCUCUAACCCUGAAAUUCUUUACCAACGGCUGCAAGACAUUUACAGCCAAAUUGAUGAGCCUGAUGGAAUAGAAGGCAUAUCAAGCCACUUACCUGGUCUCAACAUCGACCAGCAGGUCUUGGAGCAUCGAAAGGCUGGUAGGUGGGCAACCGCACAGAGUUGGUAUGAGCUUCAGCUCGAAAAAGAGCCCGAAAAUUCCGAGGCUCAGUGGAAUCUUGUCACAUGCCUUAGAGAAUCUGGGCAACAAGACGCUAUUCUGACUCGCUUUGAAGCACUCAAGGAUGUGGAUUCUGCGACGUCCCGGUUUCUACCUUUUGCAGUGGAAGCAUCAUGGAUAACCAGUAGAUGGACCAAGCUUCAAUCAUAUCUGAAGUUGUGUGAAAAACAGGGAGAUGGUGACUUUAACGUGGGAAUGGGCUCAGCUCUCCACGCUCUUGGAGAGCGAAAGAACAGCAAGGAUGAAGUCUUCCACUUGAAGACUGAAGAAUUUACGAAAAUCGUCAACCAGCUCAGACUCAACAUUGCAAAGUCUUUAACAGCCAACUCUGUUACCUCGUUGCAAUCAUGCCAUGAUGACAUGCUCAGAUUGCAUGCGUUAGCAGACAUGGAAGCCAUAGCGAAUGCAGAGACAGGAUCUAUACAGGCAGCAUUAUCUUCGAACUCAGACUUGCCCUCUUCCCUGAAGCGGCGGUUGGAUGUUAUUGGAGGUUAUGUUACUGACAAACAGUACCUUUUGGGUAUCAGGCGAGCGACAAUGGAGUUAUCAGGUGGCUUUGUCGACUCCGAUAUAUCUGCAGCCUGGCUCACUAGUGCACACCUCUCUCGAAAGGGAAAUUUCAUUAGACAGGCCUACCACUCCAUGCUUAAUGCAGCGCGUCUGAAAGAUCGAUCUGCUACCAUCGAACAUGCCAAGCUUCUCUGGAGAGACGGGCACCAUAGAAAAGCGAUUCAGACUCUCGAAGGUGCAAUAUCCGCCAACGAGGCAAUCCAGCCACCAUCAGCAUCUCGAACAACAUCGGGCUCAGUGGACCCUGGAUCCGCUACCAUUCUCUCUGGUCGUGUGCAAAAUCAAAAUGAUGUCCCUGCAAGAGCUCAUCUCAUGCUGGCGAAGUGGACAGACAGAGCUGGCCAAACUCAUUCCCAAGCCAUCGUUCAACGAUAUAGGGAAGCCAUCAAGUUGUAUCCGAGAUGGGAGAAAGCACAUUACUACCUAGGAAAGCAUUACAACAAGAUUCUUGACUCUGAGAAGGCCAAGCCCAUGGGGAAGGAGGCCCAAAUCUACCUGAGUGGAGAAGCAACAAAACUUGUUAUCGACAACUAUCUUCGUUCGCUGACAUAUGGAAGCAAAUACGUUUUCCAGACUCUACCGAAGCUUUUGACUCUAUGGUUGGAACAUGCUUCCAUCGUUGGUCAGCCCAUUGACCCCAAAAGAGGAGAUAACGCGGACUUCCAGAGGCACACAAAGGCACAGCGACAAAAAAGCUUGGAUGAUAUGCAUGCUCAGUUGAAGAAGUACAUUUCCAAUCGGCUACAACCUGCUUUGUUGUUUACGAUCUUACCCCAAGUGGUAGCCCGAAUUUGUCACCCCAACACAACAGUUUAUGAUUUGUUGACACGCAUUGUUGUCAAAUCUGUCUACAACUUCCCUCAGCAGGGUCUAUGGACAGUCCUUGCAGUGGUCAAAUCUUCCAACAAGGAUCGAGCAUCCAAGGGCUUUCACUGUCUCCAGAAGAUUACUGAUUACGUUGCCAGGCAUAAGACGGCUAUUGACAUCCGCCGCUUGAUAAACCAGGGGCAGAAGUUUUCAGAAGAGUUGCUUUCACUUUGUCUCGUUCAUGUUGAAGAUAGAGUCACUAGAGUUCAACUGUCUCGUGAUCUACGCUUCAAUCACAAAGUUGCUCCAUGCCGACUGGUAGUGCCAUUUCAAGCGAUGCUGAUCCCAAGUCUUCCAGCCAGCCAUGACUCCGAGUACCUUAAAGGGUUCAGGCCUUUCCCAGGAGAUGCAACUACGAUAGAAGCAGUUCUUGACGAAGCUCAAAUUCUCAGCUCGCUCCAAAAGCCACGCAGAAUCAGCAUUCGAGGCUCUGAUGGAAAGAUUUACAAUGUACUUUGCAAGCCCAAGGACGACCUCCGUAAGGACCAACGCCUCAUGGAAUUCAACAAUAUGAUCAAUCGAUUCUUGAAGCGAGAUGUGCAGUCAAGUAAACGGAGAAUGUAUAUCAAAACAUACGCCGUGACACCACUGAACGAGGAGUGUGGUCUCAUAGAGUGGGUUAACAACCUCCGAACGCUGAGAGAGAUCGUCCUCAAGCUUUUACGCGAAAAGGGAAUUCCCAUCGUUUACAAUGAUAUUAAGCAGUACAUGAACGAAGUCUGCAACGACAAGACUUUCUCGAAACUAGAACUCUUUACUACCAAAAUUCUGGACAAACUUCCUCCUGUUCUGCAUGAGUGGUUUAUUGAAAUGUUCCCCGAAACUGAAGCCUGGUUCACGGCAAGACUGCGGUAUACACGUUCCACUGCAGUGAUGUCCAUGGUUGGAUAUGUCCUAGGACUUGGUGACCGACACGGAGAGAAUCUUUCAUUUGAAGAAGAAACAGGCGGAAUCUUACACGUUGAUUUCAACUGUCUCUUUGAUAAGGGCCAAACUUUCGAGAAACCCGAAGUGGUUCCAUUCCGACUGACACAGAACAUGGUCGAUGCCUUCGGUGCUUACGGUUAUAAUGGACCCUUCCGAAGAACAUGUGAGAUCACUCUCAAUCUUCUACGACAAAAUGAAGAUGCAUUGAUGACAGUCCUUGAGACUUUCCUGUACGACCCAACUACCGACUUCAUUGAGAAAAGGCGUCGCAACCGUACCCAUCUCCCUGAUACACCAGCUGGUGUCCUGGAAGAUGUUCGCAAUAAACUUCGGGGAUUCAUGUCCAAACAGCCCAUUCCUCUCUCUGUCGAUGGUCAAGUUGAUGAACUGAUCAUACAGGCAACUGACAAGAAGGCACUGGCGCAAAUGUACAUCGGAUGGUGUCCGUUUUUCUGA